GUUUUUUUUCAGCAACUCACAUUUCAUUAUUGUAUUCAUUAUGUAUUCAAUGCAGGGGCGGACUGACCAUCUGGAAACUGGGGCGCUGCCCGAGGGCCCAGGGUCAGUAGGGGGCCCCAUGAGAUGCCCCUGGUACCUUUUUCAUAGGCUUUUUUGAGUUUGGGCAAGGACACAGGGGCCCCAUGAUCCCCUAUUUCCCGGGGGCCCCAUGAGUUGUCAGUCCGCCCCUGAUUCAAUUUGUGGUAGCGCACAUUGUUUUCUAUACAUAGUUUUCAAUCCUUGCCCUGGGCACUGGAUGACCUUGUCCCGGCCGUGCACAUUGGAUUAUGGGGGCUUUUUUGGGUGUGGGCAAGGACACAGGGGCCCCAUGAUCCCCUAUUGCCCGGGGGCCCCA